AUGCACCCUCAGGGCCCUGAUGCCCGAGGUGAUCGGGGCCACCUCCAUGAGGAGGACAUACAAAUGCCUGGCAACACUGCUAAUGACAAGCAGGAUGUUACGACCCCCGGCAGCUCUGCUGGAGCAAUCCACCAGGCAAACUCAUCCUUGUCGCUGCUUCUCUCUCCUCCACUUACUUCCCCAUUGAUACCUCUGGACACAACCGAUUCCACUCCUCUACUUAGUCCUCUCCACCGAUACAGCCAAGGACAGCCACUUGGUUUCACCAGCACAAAUGGAACACAUCCUAUGUAUGAUCCCAGCCGUGGAGUCCAGCUCAGGAAUGCCGCUGAUUGCGCCAAUCCAUACCGGGAUAGACUGGACCGAACUGAACAUGCACGAGAGCAAGAAAGGGCUCGUAGCAGGAGUCCUCGCCACUUGCUUCAACCCAUUGACCUCCCUGAACCCCGAGAACCACCAAGAGGUCUAUUGAGGGGCUUCAGUCACUAUCCUCGGGAGAUGUAUAUCCCUCCCGGAAUCAAUGACCUGAUGCCUCAAAGUCUACCUAGCUCCUCUCCGACUAUAUCUCCGAGCAACACCCAGCGUGGUCGUGGCCGUGCUCUGGCCCAUCGAGGGGAAUCUCCUGGAGAGAUUCACCCUCUCAAUGACAGUAGUUUGUAUGAAUACAACCACGAACCACAGCAGCAACAAGUGCAGGGGCGUGAUCCGGAGCCUGAAAGACAUCCUGCCAACAAACAAGAGGAGGAUGUUAAUGGAACCGACGAAGAUCAUUUAUGUGAAUUCGCUGCUCCCUGCCGAAUGAAUCCCUCCCCCGACGGAAUGCACUACCGAAAGGUCGUCUCACACGUGUUUGGCAGAAACAAGGCCGUUACCAAGCUGUUUCCACUUGGCGUCUGGGUUCAUUAUUGCCGAAAGCACUACCAGCGUGCCCGGUAUCGUGCAGACCAAUGGCCAUUUACGCAGUGCGACCUGCUGCUAGAAUCACUGAGCCGAAUGGAGAACUGGGAUGGAGUGGAGAGUUUCGAACUCAUCCUGCGUCGCCGAGAGCAGAUGCGUGUCGGGCGUGAAACCGACGUAGCAGUCACCACCGAGACCUCCAAUCAGAACGAGAAUACUCCUAACGGCCAGGCUCAAAACCAAGACCACAAGCCUUCGGGUGUCGUUACUCGGGCUCCAGGUCGUAAGCACCCAACUGCCAUCAUCGCACCCGUCCCAGACUGGCUUCGCCAACACGUUGGUCACGGCAAGACAUUCGCAGAAAUUCGUCAGAUCAUCGAACUAGUUCGCAAUCAUAUGGUCAGACUGCGAAAUCUGGAAAGAGCCCAGCAACAGCUCAGCCAUAUUACCAAAUCCCCGAGUGCACCAGGAAGCCCUCAUCGAGGUGCAUUUUCGAACAGCCGAAAGGGACGUAUCACCAAACCCGUCAACCGAGACCCCAUCCGCAUGCGUGCUAGCACGAUUCGUUUCCCUGAUGUCGAAAUCCUCCCCCAUUUCAAGCCAUGGGUCAAGGAAGCUGCUCUACGGCAGCGGUCUGCUACCACCUGUCCCAUGAGCGAAGGAGAUUCCAAAGGCUAUGAACCGGAGCAGACAAUUUCCGGAGGAGGACAUAUCAUUGGAGAAAUCCGGGGUCACCGUGACACCGAUUCUCGGGCCGAAUCGAGUCAGCCAACAAAGGGCGACUUUGCGAAUAGCAGUACAAACCACCAUCGUGACCGACGCUCCGAGUCCGUUUCUACAAUUCAGAGGACUGGGAUCAAUCUGGCACAGAUGCAGGCUCAAGCUCACAUCGGCAGGGCUGGAACCAACCGUGGCCAGUCCGAGAGCCAGCGGAGACGCAGCGAACGAGUCUAUAUCAAAGCGAUAGACCGUGUUUCUGGUCAGGGCUCUAUCAAGAAGCCGAGCAAGGAUGGUGAGAAAUAG